UUCAGUAAUAAACCAGUCAUUGGUCCGAACGGUUGUUUUACUAAAUACCUCACUGGCGACGACGCGAGAGUACCCACGCAUUUAAAAAAUAAAUAUGGCGAAUUCUUAUCUCGGUUCUUUGCCUAAUUUCGACUACAAAUCCGGAGAAUGGUCUAUUUUCAAAGGCAAAUUAACUCAGUUUUUCAAAGUAAAUGUUAAUAGUAUUACAGCCGAUAACAAAUGUGCAGUGUUAAUAACGCAUCUUUCGGACGAUUCGUAUCGCUUGGCACGUAAUCUCGUGUACCCUCGUGAUUUAGAAGCGCAUACGUAUGACGAACUUAUUGCUGUUUUAGAUAAACAUUUUAAAAUUAAAAAGUGUUCGUUUGCUAAUAAGGCGAAGUUCUACAGUGCGACGAAGAAACCAGACGAGUCUUUAGGAGACUGGGCGGCGCGGCUACGCGGGUUGGCAAGUCAUUGCGACCUGGGCACCGCCCUGGAGACGGUGCUGACGGACCGUUUCGUCCUCGGUCUGGGUUCUGGCCCCGAGCGCGAUAAGUUGUUUGAACAAGACGCGGCGACCCUUACGUUCGCCAAGGCGCUGGAGGUCGCAGAGCAAGCGGCUAGUGCUAGGCAAGCCCAGGCGGUGGUAGGCGAGAACGGCAAUAUCGGCAACGUGCCGAUAAAGGAGGAGCCGGUUUUCCGUGCGGCGAGCGCGGCGAGCCGUGGGCGCGGCGGCGCCCGUGGUCGCGCCAGCCGCGGUGGCGGAGCUGGUGCCGGUCGUGUUACGGAUAUCGCAUCGGGUUCCAAAUGGCAUGAACGUGAUGACGUCAGUAGGUGUAAUAUUUGCGGUAUGAAGAACCACAGUGCGGAAACGUGUCGUUAUAAAGGUUAUAAGUGCGGCAAGUGCGGUGUUAAGGGACACCUAAAGAAAGUAUGCAAACAAAGAUUUCACAAUAUCCAAGCACAGGAAGGAGAAUCGGAAACUUCUUGCGAGGACUGUGAGGAGUGUGCGCUAUACAAUUUAACCCUUUGACCGCCGUUGUCCGGUAUAGAAGACAACGAUAGAACGAUACGCUGGCGCCGUCGUCUUGUAUACAAGACACAAAUUCAACCACUGAGUUAAUGUGAAAAUAAUAACAAUUACUAUUUCAUUUACACUCGUGUUCAUAUUUAAGGUCUUUGUUUUUUCAUUUAUUUGCUUUUUAAGCCGCUAUAUAAAUCCCUUCUUUUAUAAUAAGGCAUUUAAAAAAAUUGCUCCAAUUUUCAACAUUUUUCAUGUUCCUCGUCGCCGUUGUCUUGUAUAAAAGACAGCUAGGGAUGGGAAUGUUAACUCGAUAUGGGAAUUUUUAAAGUCAGAAAUAUGUUUUUAUCUAAGUAUUUGAACACUUGUUAAUCGCCAAUUUUUUUCAACGAAUAGUAGGUAACUACUUACUAGAAUACGUAGAACGAGAGUCAGAUAGGCAUAACUAUAUUUAAAGUUCUGGUAGCUUCUUUAGCUCUAUAAAGUACAGUCAGACAAGUAAAUUUGCCAUUGUAGAUUGUGGACUAUUUAAUUGCAGAAGAGAUAAAAAAAAAAUUAUGUUAUUUUAUAGCUUAGUGGGAAGGGAUACACCGCAGCGACCGCUUCGCACAAGUGUGGUACAGGGACAUACCUGUUUAUCAGACUUUACUUUUAUUGUUAUAACAUUGAAGUUAAUGUGUAAUUUUUUUGUAACAAGUCGUUGAACGUUUUUUUGAUAAGAGUUUACCUAUAGAUUAAUGUAAACCAAACUGAAAUUAUAAUGAUAGAUUCUAAUUCCGGAAUAAUAUCUUCACUCAUUAAAAAUUCAACCCACGUGUAAUUUUCACUAAAACAGUUCCGGUAUAUUGACUUUAUCGACACAUGAUGCGCAGCUUUAACGUUACGCCAAUAAAAUUUACGUACCGACAAGCGCUUACGCCGUUGACCUAGAGACUAUUAUUACUUGAUCCGCGCGGAAACAGUCCUUGUCGGUCUGCAUUGCGGGCAGUCCAUGGGCGCCGUUGUCUUGUAUAAAAGACUUCUCGUACAGCCUAGUGCGGCGAUAUCACGUCUUGAAUCGACAUUGUUUAGUGGUUGUUUUUUAUGUUAAAUCCCUAUAUUUUAAACAUUUUCGGGUGUAAAACAUAUGUUUAAUUUUGGCAAUUUGGAAUGAAAUUAAAACAGGAUAAGAACAAAGCUAAAUUAAAAAGAUUUUUACCAUAAUAUUGUAAAUAUCGAUAUCACUAUUUGCAAUCCCUAAACUUUUUAUUAGUUGUUUACUUAAAAUUUGCUCUGGCGUGUGAGUGAGCGUCUUUGCGGACUAG